AAUAGACAAAUACAUUCCCUUGUGUUCCCUCUCUCUCCAUCUGGUCUCUACUCUUACCUUUUUCUCUCAUUUGCUUCUUGGAACCUCCAAAGCAAAGCCAGCCAGUAAAGAAAAAGAUAAAAAAUGAUAAAGGGGUGAUGAUGCUCACUUCUCACCAUCCAAGACUGUUCCUUCAAUCCAACUCUACUCAUCAUUCUUACCCCCAUUUUUCCUUUCUCUUCUUCCACUAGAUUCUAAUCUACUACACAUCCCAACCAACCCAAGAAUUAAGAAAAAGGAAAAAAAAAUCCAUCAUCCAUGUUUGGUGUUCCUUGAGAGUUGAGACUUGAAGCUAAAAAAAGAAAAAGAAAAUCUUGAAUUUUUUUCAAUAAUAUUCUUAGCAUUUUCAGAUAUGACACAAGUGCUUCAAUCCUCUUAUCACUUCCCUUCAUCUUCAAGCUCGAUACCAUGUGUACCACCCACACCCAAUGAUGGGCUACACCAACAUACCCAUCUCAACGAUACCCUUAUUAACAACCCCAGUCCUUCCUCCGUAGUAGAAGACAGUUCAGCUACAAGAGGAGGAGGGGAAGGAGGAGGAGAAGAAGAAGAAGAAGAAGAAGAAGAACACCGAGAGAGGAAAGAAAGAGACAGAGAGGGAGAUCAACUGUCCCUUUUGGAACUUUUGGUGACUGCUUUUAGGAAGUCUUUGAUUGGUUGCAACAACAGUAGGGAGAGAGAGGAGCUUUCUUCAAUGGAGAUUGGAUGGCCUACUAAUGUCAGGCAUGUUGCUCAUGUUACCUUUGAUCGCUUCAAUGGCUUUCUCGGCCUCCCUGUUGAGUUUGAACCAGAAGUGCCCAGAAGACCUCCUAGUGCCAGUGCAAAUGUUUUUGGAGUUUCCACAGAGUCUAUGCAGCUUUCAUUUGACUCUAGAGGGAACAGCGUGCCUACAAUACUUCUGCUUAUGCAAAGACGCUUGUAUGCACAAGGGGGCCUGCAGGCAGAAGGGAUCUUCAGAAUUAAUGCUGAGAAUGGCCAAGAGGAGUAUGUUAGAGACCAGUUAAACAGGGGAGUAGUCCCAGAUGACAUUGAUGUGCACUGCUUAGCAGGCCUUAUAAAGGCUUGGUUCAGAGAACUUCCAACUGGAUUGUUGGACUCUCUCUCACCAGAGCAGAUAAUACAAUCCCAGACAGAAGAGGAGUGUGCUCAGCUGGUGCGGUUCCUUCCCCCAACUGAAGCUGCUCUGCUAGAUUGGGCAAUAAAUUUAAUGGCUGAUGUUGCUCAAAUGGAACAUUUGAACAAGAUGAAUGCACGCAAUGUUGCUAUGGUGUUUGCACCAAACAUGACUCAAAUGGCAGAUCCCUUGACAGCCUUGAUGUAUGCAGUCCAAGUGAUGAAUUUUCUCAAGACUUUGAUAAUCAGGACGCUUAGGGAAAGGGAGGACUCAAUAGUAGAAGUAGCUUCUACUUCCCACCUUGAGCCUUCUGAUGAGAAUGGACACCAUGGCUCUUCACAGUCACUUGCUGAGGAGGGCUGUGAGAGGAAUGAAGAUGAGAAAGUUUUUCUUGCUGAAGAACCCACUCUAGAAAGCCCCACUCAUCCUACCCUGGAUGGAUCUGCAGCUGAAAGUGGAGCUCACAGUUUUCUAACUUCUAUUGAGAAUAUCAUUCCUGGUGGAAACGGGCCUGUGGUUGAAAGUUGCCCUUGUGACCCUCCCCCCCAAGUUAACACCUCAACAGAUGAAGUUGAAUGGGCUCCUAGCAGUGGACAAAAUGCAGGGGCUCAACCAAACACUGUCAAGAGCAGAACUGGUCAAUCAAGUAAUUCCAAUCUCAAGAAGGGAUACAGAAAGAUUAGUGAACAGUCACCUGCUCGGGCUGCAGGCCCUAUAGCAAGGGCUGCAAGUCCUAUAGCAAGGGCUGCAAGUCCUAUAAUGAAGAGCAGGGGAACCAGCAUUGUUAGCCGGAUUAAUUCAAGGGCAGAGCGGGUAGAAGCCUGGCGAUGAAGCAGUAUGAAUUGUGUUUGCCAGUCUGGUUGGGGGUGGGUGGAUUGACCAGCUGGAAAAACAAGUCGGCAAAUUGUGUUUUUCCUCUGGAAAUAUUUGUGUAUGAUUUCAUGCAUUUUUUUUCUAUGUUUCUGGGUGUUUCAUGACCUCUUACCUUUUUCAUGUUAGGCAUUCCUUCUAUAACCACAGUCUAGCAUUUCUGGGUUUCAAACUACAGUUUUAAUCAAUUGUUCUGAUUCACUUUGACCAA